AUGGUUUCGCCAGGUCAGACAUGCAUCAAAAGAUGUAGGGACGGAAUAACAGAGGUGUGCAGGCCCGGGUCAGAUCAUCGAGGGUCUAGAAGAUACAAUGCAGGCACGAAGCCUUUGCAGCGCCUGCUUGUCUUCCUUCACCCAGCCGCAGUGCCGCCUGAACCGACCCCAAGAGACGUUAUCCAAGGAUCUACAACACCCACGAACCAACUCACAGCCUCAUUCCGUCUCUGCCCUUUGACACAACAUAACCAUACACAUUCGCCCCUGCGUACCAGUGAUCGCUCGGAGGACCCCGUGACCACCAAACCCGAUAAUCUCCGCCACCAUCCCCGGAUUCUGAGUCCGACUGCAUGUGUCCGUGCAGGCAUUCUCCGUUCCCAAAACUUCAGCCCUGUAGAAGUCGAACUGACGCUCCCAUCGGCGUCGGCCGAGAGCACUUUCACUACCUAA